AUGACUAAACCAUCAAAAACUGCAACUAUCAAUAACACAAUUAUAGCUAAUAUCACCCCUAGUGGUAGCAGGACUAUUAACCUCUUAACAGAUUUCAACGCUUAUAAAACUUCUGAAGAAUAA